AGCACAUGUUAGCGUUUAGUCGCAUGAAGGUUUGAAGUUUGUUUGUAUUUCUGUGCUUUAUAAAAUAAGCUAUGAAAACUAAAAAUAACAAAAACCAAAAACAGCCGCAAGGGAAUGAAGAGUCUGAUGGUGAUUCUAGUGAAUAUUCUGGUCUUGAAGACGAUGAAAAUGAAUCAACAUUAUCUUCUGAAGAAGAUAUUUCUGAUACUGAUGAUGAUAGUGACCGCAAAGAAGGUAAUGACUCUUAUAAUGUUACAAAUGGUUCAGGUUUAAAAGAGAAAAAAACAGUUUCUUCUGUUGAUGAUUCGGAUAUAUCUGAUGAAGAUUUCUUUGGUGAUCAGGAUAGCAAAUCCGAAAAAUAUGAUGAAAAUUGCAAUGUUGAAGACCAUAAGACAGAGACUCUAAAAAUUGAUGAAUAUGCUGAAGACACAUCUGAUGAAGAAGACAUUCGAAACACAGUGGGAAACAUUCCAAUGCAGUGGUAUGAUGAUUUUCCUCACAUUGGUUAUGAUGUUGAAGGGAAGAAAAUAAUGAAGCCAGCAACUAAUGAUGAAAUUGAUGAAUUCUUGAGCAAAAUUGAUGAUCCUAAUUACUGGCGAACUGUUAGAAAUAAAAUGACUGGAGAAAAGGUUUUCCUUACUGAUGAACACCUUGAACUUAUCCAAAGGAUACAAGCUGGCAAGUAUCCAACUGCAGAAGAUCAAUAUCAGCCAUUUGAAGAUUUUUUCACCUAUGAAACCAUGAAACAUCCUGUUACAAAUAUACCUCCCCAUAAGAGGAGUUUUAUACCAUCCAAAAUUGAGAAAGAAAAGGUAUCUAAACUAGUAUAUGCCAUCAAGAUGGGUUGGAUAAAGCCAAGAGUUCCAAAAGAGGAAAAAGAUCCAUUUUACAUGUUAUGGGAUAAAGAUAGUGUGAAUGAAUCUAAGCGCAUGCAGCACUACAUACCCGCUCCAAAACGAAAGUUACCUGGCCAUGAAGAGUCUUAUAAUCCACCACCAGAAUAUUUGUUUACUAAAGAAGAGGAAGAAAAGUGGAAAGAAACAGAUCCGGAAGACAGGAAGUUAGAUUUCAUUCCUCAAAGAUAUUCUUCACUAAGACAAGUCCCAGCAUAUUCACGAUACAUAAAUGAAUGGUUUGAAAGAUGCUUAGAUUUGUAUCUUUGUCCACGGCAAAGGAAGAUGAGAGUCAAUGUUGAUCCAAAUGAUCUCAUACCUCAGCUUCCGAAACCCAAAGACUUACAGCCAUUCCCUUCUGUUUUAGCAAUUGUUUUCAAAGGGCAUUCAGGUUUAGUUCGCUGCGUAACAGUAGAAUCUACUGGUCAAUUUAUAGCUUCUGGUUCUGAUGAUAAUACUAUUAAAGUAUGGGAAGUAUUAACUGGAAGGUGCUUAUCAACAAUAAAUGUUGGUGGUCCAGUUAAAAGCUUAGAUUGGUGUCCUAAUCCAGCCCUAUCAUUAAUCCUUGUUGCUGUUAAUGAGAAAUUAUACAUUGUUAAUCCUAAAGUGGGUGACAAAGUUAUAAUUAGUAAUACUGAUGCACUUCUAACUACAGCUCCUGAAAAUCCAGAAGUUAAAGAUGCUUUGUGGUCAUUACCAACUGAAGAACAAAAAGCCUCUGGAAUAAGAUUAAUUAUAACUCAUACAAAAGAAAUUAAAAAAACCAUGUGGCAUGCUAAAGGAGAUUAUUUUGCUGCCUUAACAACAGAUAUUGGAUGCAAAUCUAUCAUCAUACAUCAGCUGUCAAAAUUUAGAUCACAGAUGCCAUUUGAGAAGUCUAAAGGAAGUGUACAGUGUAUUUUAUUUCAUCCACUGCGUCCCUUCUUUUUUAUUGCUACACAGAAACAUAUUCGAGUGUAUAAUCUUCUGAAACAAGAAAUGUCUAAACUGUUACAAAGUAAUUGUAAAUGGAUUUCCAGCAUUGCUGUACAUCCACAAGGGGAUAAUAUAAUUAUUGGAAGUUAUGACAGCAAAGUAAGCUGGUUUGAUUUAGAGCUUUCCAGUAAGCCUUACAAAAUGCUCAGGCACCAUGCUAAAGCAGUGCGUCAAGUAGCUUUCCAUAAGAGGUAUCCAUUGUUUGCUUCUACAUCUGAUGAUGGGUCGCUUAUUGUUUGUCAUGGUAUGGUCUAUAGUGAUCUAUUACAAAAUCCUACAAUUGUUCCUGUGAAAAUAUUAAAGGGACAGGGGAUAUCUUUGGACUGUUGUUUUCAUCCCCAAAGACCUUGGGUGUUUUCUACCUCAGAUGAUACAAUUAGAUUGUAUUCUUGAAUUGUGUGGACAUAUUUUGUAAAUAAAGUCAUUAUGUAUUUUAA